AUGUCGGUGUGCAGUGUUUCAUACAAAAAAAGCUGUCUGUGUUCCGCUACAAUCAAACCUGCUCGGCUGCUGCGCUGCAAAUGUAUAAAUGCUUUCGGUGUCAUGGUGCGUUUGUAUGGCGACGUCGAUUUAUUGUUUUUAUUUUUAUUUUUUAGAGAUCCCCAUGCGUUGCGUUUUCUUAGUGUUUGGCUGACGAAAGGAAAUCCGUAAUAAGGGACCUGAUUAUCGGUAGCUAUAGCAUCUCUUUUGAAAAAUGAUUACAUUUUCAUCCCGCUUAAUAAUGCAGAGUAUCAUGCCUAUAUCACAUCAGGAUCACAGAGUCAGUAUGGUCAUAUAGACUACUUAGCUAUAUGAGAUUAGAAACACCACCAAUGAUUACAGUAGUAAUAUUUUGUAUUCAUUUUGUAUAGGCUAAGCCCUAACAAAAAUGAAUGAAUGAUCAAAGCAUUAUUAUAGGCUAUUUGUCUCUUAUUAUGGGCAGGUAAGACAUAUUGACUGCUGGUGUGUCUAUUGCCAGUGCAGUUUGAUUGGGGGGAUUGCACACAAACAUCUUGGUCUGUUUGUCUCAGUAGUCCAUUUCUGAAGUUAUUACAUGGUAGGCCUAAUAAGCAUGGUAAUGCAGCAAAUGUAACACAAAUACAUAUUGACCCUCAAUUAAAAUUAAUAAUGCAUCAUAGUAGUGGAAAUACUCAUAUCUGGGCCAGCUGACAUGCUGUUAAUUAUCUCUGGUCCCAAGGGUGGCACCAGACAACACUAAACACCUUGAAUUCAUCACCCAUACAGCUUCUACCCCCAAACCAUAAGACUCCUGAACAGCUAAUUAAAUGGCUAACCGGACUAUUUGCAUUGUAGUCACUUUAACUCUACCUACAUGUACAUAUUACCUCAAUUACCUCAACUAACCUGUGCCCCCGCACAUUGACUCUGUACCGGUACCCCCUGUAUAUAGCCUCGCUACUAUUAUUUUACUGCUGCUCUUUAAUUCUUUUUUAUUUUUAUUUUUUACUGAUCUUAUUUUUCUUAAAACUGCAUUUUUGGUUAAGGGCUUGUAAGUAAGCAUUUCACUCUAAGGUCUACACCUGUUGUAUUCGGCACAUGUGACAAAUACAAAUUUAUUUGAUUUAAGGUUUUAUCUAGGAUUUCUUUGUCUUCAUUUAUCCCUGGUAUACAAGUGAUGAGUUAGGCCUAGUCUACUUCAUACUCAGAGUUCGGGUGAUCAUUUUGUUGUUUUACUCAAAAAACACUGAGGGUAAAAACAAUAUGCUGUAAUAAUAAUAAUAUGCCAUUUGGCAGACGCUUUUAUCCAAAGCGACUUACAGUCAUGCGUGCAUACAUUUUUUGUGUAUGGGUGGUCCCGGGGAUCGAACCCACUACCUUGGCGUUACAAGCGCCGUGCUCUACCAGCUGAGCUACAGAGGACCACAUUGUAAACCUGGGUCCGUAUUCAUAAAGUAGGAGUGCUGAUCUAGGAUUAGUUUUGCCUUUUAGAUCAUUAUUGAUUAGAGGUUUACCUGAUCCUAGAUCAUCACUCCUACUCUGAGACGCUUUAUGAAUACAGGCCCUUUAGUAAACCUUCUUUCCAUUUUUUCUCAAAAUGUUCUCUUGCAGGAGGGAGAAAAUAAUGCUCCUGUUGCUGAUGUCCAUCCAACCUACUAGCUCUCUCUCCACCAUGACAUCCAGCAGAGGACUUUGGGAUUGACGCUGGGAUCACUCCCACUGAUGGCCUGGACUGGGUAGGAAUACUGUGUGUGUGUUUAAUAGACAGUGAUCAUUAGACAGAGACAGACAAAUGUCCCCUUUUCCUAGUAUCACAAAAUGUUGUAAUGAAAUCAUUCAUAGGUCUUUGGUCCCACUCCUCUACAGUGUGUGUGUUCAUGGGAUAACGUCUAUCUAUCUUUUUCUGUAGGUUUCAGCUGUCCUGCUGAAGCUAUGGGGAGCUGUUGGAGCUGUCUAUACAGAAACCCCAUCCAAGACAGCCAUCUUACAAAAUUCAAGGUACCUUUCUAAACCCUACCUAGUGUGUGGUGUAUCAGAUACCUAGUCUAUGGUGUUUUAUUGUUAUGACGAGCUGUUCUUUGCGGUUGUGCUUUUUCCCUAUACACCUGGCUAUUAUGGCUCAGAUAUAACAGUGGAUAGUCAGCUAUCUAGCUAUCUAUUGAUGCCUAAUAUCUAAUAUCUAAAAAUAAAUUUAAAAAAAACUCUUGUCACAUACACUGGAUAGGUGCAGUGAAAUGUACUGUACUAUGCCCUGUUAACCUUUGUAUACAGAUAGUGACUGCAUUAUAGACAGUGUACUUCCAAAUACAAUACUCUAUCUUCUUAAUUUAGCCACAUAUUUAUACUCUGCAUCUAUGUCAGUGGUCACCAAACUUUUCUGAGUCAUGAUCACUUUCGCAGUCAAAAAGCAAGCCGAGAUCUAACGCUCAGAUAUAUUUUUAAAGAUGACUUAAAAAAUGUAACAUUAACCUAAUAAAAACAGUUCUGUAGGAAUGAGGUUUGUGCAGUAGGCCUAAUACAUUAUCACAGCAUAUUCACUAUAUACUGUAUAUGCCUAAUAUUGUUUUUCUCAGACCAUAUUAUAUUUGAAAACUCGAGCUUUGAUAACAAAAUAUAUCAGUUGGUGUAGCACUUGCGAGACACAGCUGAGCAUAAAUAGAAAUAAUGAGCAAAUAAUUAUAUUUUUUAUUUUACUGGACUGAUGGUACCUGCAUCUGAUGGUCAUGGUGCUUUCAAGACAACUGGGAAGUCUGAAGAAAUUGAGGUCAAAUCAUGACGUCAGUGAUCUUCAGGUCGGAAAGUCGGAGCUCUAGAAAGAUGCCAGAGUUUCCGAUUUGGAAUUCGCAGUUGGAUGACCGUUCAAAACUUUUUUUCACAGUCGGAUCUUGUUUUUUUCCAAGUUCCCGUUUUCUUGAAUGCACUGAAGUCUGAGAUUUCCGAGUUCCCAGUUGUUUUGAACAUGGCAUUAGUCUCAGUGGAGGGAGGGAGAGAGCAGCAGAGGGUCCGCCUUUCACGGUCAAUGCUCUCACCUUCCUUUCCUCCGGUGAUACUGACCAGAGAGAGGGGACACCGUCUUCCACCUGAUGACGAAACUCCAGUCGCACCACAUCUGCCUCAGGCACAAAUUCAUGUUCUUCCUAUGACCAGAGAAUUCCUUCAUAUUAAAAUAGACACAAUGAGCUGCUAAUAAUAAUAAAAAUGCAGGGCUAUCGAUACACUUGGCUUAUCAUUCAUUGCAGCUGCAGCGCGAGUGGAAGUAGGGAGAAGCGCGUUUUCUGUUUUGUAAUAGUGUUGAAUAAAAACAGUGUUGACAGUGCUGAAUAAAAACUUAGACAUGAACUCACUCAUAAAAACAGCAGCUCUUUGCUGUAUUCUUUGACAGUCUCUGUCUGGUCAUGGUUUUAAAAGUAAUGAAAUCUCACUUAGGCCAUUAUCAAACUUUGCUGUGGCCGGGGUCGUAGAAUCUGUAGGCACAGUGAUUUGAGCUAUCUGAUUGGCCAGCGCAGUAGGCGCACAGAUCUUCCAGUCUGCCAGGUAGGGCAGACAAAUGAAAUGGUUCAAGAUGUCUUCCUGGUGCGCAGGGCUUCUGAGUCAAGUGCACCUACCGCCAACAGCGCAACACACAAAAAAAAGGAGCACCAUCCUUUAUGCCUUUUUGUUGGCUUUUCUACAGAAAUGUUUGAUGAUCGACUAGGAAUGCCUUGAUCGCGAUCGACCGGUUGGUGACCACUGAUCUAUGUCGUGCUUAUGAAGACUAUAUGUAUGCUAUAUAAAUCCUUUAUAAAUUGUAGCUCGUUUAAAGUAGGACCACAAACUGGGAUAACUUACUUAUUGGCAUUUUCCCAUGGCAGGUGACCAAUGUGGAUGAUGAGGGGAAUGAGUUGGGCUCUGGGACCAUGGAGCUCACCCAGACCGAGCUCAUCCUGCACACACGGAAGAGGGACGCCAUCCGGUGGCCCUACCUGUGUCUGCGGCGCUACGGCUACGACUCCAACCUCUUCUCAUUCGAGAGUGGCCGGCGCUGCCAGACUGGACAGGGUGAGUCUGAAACAACUGGCCUAGCUAAUACUAUAUAGGUAUUACAAAAUGUUGCCCUAUGAGAUGUGUGUACAUACAUGUGUACAUCCAGUGCUGAGUAAGGGCAACGUUUCUGUUCUACUUUUGUAUGAAAAUGAACCACAAUUGGAAUGGGAGAAUUGUACUUAAGUGAUUGGCCAGCUGCUGAUAUUAGCAUCUUAAAGUUGGUUGUUGUCAUUGAUUGAAUUGUUUCAGAUAACUUAUACAUUUGCUUCUGUCAUUUCUUUUUGGUCAGGAAUCUUUGCAUUCAAACAACAACAGUUUUAGAUUAGUUUAAGAUAACUUAUACAUGUAUAUGUGUGUUUUCUCUGUGGUCAUGCAGGAAUCUUUGCGUUUAAAUGUUCUCGUGCGGAGGAGAUUUUCAACCUCCUCCAGGAGCUGAUGCAGUGCAACAGUAUCAAUGUGGUGGAGGAGCCUAUGAUCAUGACCGGCAGUGGACACGCACGAGAGAUAGACAUGCCUCGAACACCACAGACACCCAACAGUAAGCACAAACACAAAUACAAACACACACACACAAUUUACAAUUUAAUUUCACAGUAAUGCAGGACAAAUGUGGAGCAAUAGCUGAGAAUAUGUGUUUGAAAAGAGUUUGGGGGAAAAACAGAGUAAUAAUUCCGGAUAUCAGGGCUCUGGUGUGGAAAAAAAUGGAAUAACAUUUCAUUUGUCACAUGCGCCAAAUACAAAGGGUGUAGCCUUAACCGUGAAAUGCUUGCUUAAAUCCAAAACCUAAUUUUAUUUGUCACAUGCACCAAAUACAACAGGUGUAGACAUUAACGUGAAAUGCUUACGAGCCCUUCCUAACGAUGCAGAGUUUUAAAAAAUAUAAAAAGAAAAAUAGUAACAUAAGGAAUAAAAUAUACAAGAAUGGAACUUUCUUUUUAAGAAUGAUGGAUGCCACUGUGUUCUUGGGGACCUUCAAUGCUGCAGAAAUGUUUUGGUACCCUUCCCCAGAUCUGUGCCUCGACACAAUCCUGUCUCGGAGCUCUAUGGACAAUUAUGUUUUCGACGUCAUGGCUUGGUUUUUGCAAUGACAUGCACUGUCAACUGUGGGACCUUAUAUAGACAGGUGUGUGCCUUUCCAAAUCAUGUCCAAUCAAUUGAAUUUACCACAGGUGGACUCCAAUCAAGUUGUAGAAACAUCUCAAGGAUGAUCAAUGGAAACAGGAUGCACCUGAGCUCAAUUUCGAGUCUCAUAGCAAAUGGUCUGAAUACUUAUGUAAAUAAGGUAUUUCUGUUUUUAUUUUUAAUAAAUGUGCAGAAAUGUCUAAAAACCUGAAAUCGCUUUGUCAUUACGGAGUAUUGUGUGUAGAUUGCUGAGGAAUUUAUUUUAUUUAAUCCAUUUUAGAAUAAGGCUGUAAUGGAACAACAUGUGGAAAAAGUCAAGGGGUCUGAAUCCUUUCCGAAGGCACUGUACAAGGAGUACCACUACUACAGUGUGCAGGGGUACGAGGUAUUUGAGGUAGAUAUGUACAGUGAGGGAAAAAAGUAUUUGAUCCCCUGCUGAUUUUGUAUGUUUGCCCACUGACAAAGAAAUGAUCAGUCUAUAAUUUUAAUGGUAGGUUUAUUUGAACAGUGAGAGACAGAAUAACAACAAAAUAAUCCAGAAAAAAGCAUGUCAAAAAUGUUAUAAAUUGAUUUGCAUUUUAAUGAGGGAAAUAAGUAUUUGACCCCCUCUCAAUCAGAAAGAUUUCUGGCUCCCAGGUGUCUUUUAUACAGGUAACGAGCUGAGAUUAGGAGCACACUCUUAAAGGGAGUGCUCCUAAUCUCAGUUUGUUACCUGUAUAAAAGACACCUGUCCACAGAAGCAAUCAAUCAAUCAGAUUCCAAACUCUCCACCAUGGCCAAGACCAAAGAGCUCUCCAAGGAUGUCAGGGACAAGAUUGUAGGCUGGAAUGGGCUACAAGACCAUCGCCAAGCAGCUCGGUGAGAAGGUGACAACAGUUGGUGCGAUUAUUCGCAAAUGGAAGAAACACAAAAGAACCGUCAAUCUCCCUCGGCCUGGGGCUCCAUGCAAGUUCUCACCUCGUGGAGUUGAAAUGAUCAUGAGAACGGUGAGGAAUCAGCCCAGAACUACACGGGAGGAUCUUGUCAAUGAUCUCAAGGCAGCUGGGACCAUAGUCACCAAGAAAACAAUUGGUAACACACUACGCCGUGAAGGACUGAAAUCCUGCAGUGCCCGCAAGGUCCCCCUGCUCAAGAAAGCACAUAUACAUGCCCGUCUGAAUUUUGCCAAUGAACAUCUGAAUGAUUCAGAGGAGAACUGGGUGAAAGUGUUGUGGUCAGAUGAGACCAAAAUGGAGCUCUUUGGCAUCAACUCAACUCGCCGUGUUUGGAGGAGGAGGAAUGCUGCCUAUGACCCCAAGAACACCAUCCCCACCAUCAAACAUGGAGGUGGAAACAUUAUGAUUUGUGGGUGUUUUUCUGUUAAGGGGACAGGACAACUUCACCGCAUCAAAGAGACGAUGGACGGGGCCACGUACCGUCAAAUCUUGGGUGAGAACCUCCUUCCCUCAGCCAGGGCAUUGAAAAUGGGUCGUGGAUAGAUAUUCCAGCAUGACAAUGACCCAAAACACAUGGCCAAGGCAACAAAGGAGUGGCUCAAGAAGAAGCACAUUAAGGUCCUGGAGUGGCCUAGCCAGUCUCCAGACCUUAAUCCCAUAGAAAAUCUGUGGAGGGAGCUGAAGGUUCGAGUUGCCAAACAUCAGCCUCGAAACCUUAAUGACUUGGAGAAGACCUGCAAAGAGGAGUGGGACAAAAUCCCUCCUGAGAUGUGUGCAAACCUGGUGGCCAACUACAAGAAACGUCUGACCUCUGUGAUUGCCAACAAGGGUUUUGCCACCAAGUACUAAGUCAUGUUUAGCAGAGGGGUCAAAUACUUAUUUCCCUCAUUAAAAUGCAAAUCAAUUUAUAACAUUUUUGACAUGCGUUUUUCUGGAUUUUUUUGUUGUUAUUCUGUCUCUCACUGUUCAAAUAAACCUACCAUUAAAAUUAUAGACUGAUCAUUUCUUUGUCAGUGGGCAAACGUACAAAAUCAGCAGGGGAUCAAAUACUUUUUUCCCUCACUGUAUGUGAAUGCAGGGUAAAAUGACUAGGCAUAAUUAAGUGAUAAUGCCUGAAAAGCCGGUGUUUGGAGGAUAUAUUGGCACGUGUGUUCGUCGAGGGCCGACAAACAGAGUAAUAAUUCCGGAUAUCAGGGCUCUGGUGUGGAAAAAAUGGAAUAACAUUUCAUUUGUCACAUGCGCCAAAUACAAAGGGUGUAGCCUUAACCGUGAAAUGCUUGCUUAAAUCCAAAACCUAAUUUUAUUUGGCACAUGCACCAAAUACAACAGGUGUAGACAUUAACGUGAAAUGCUUACGAGCCCUUCCUAACGAUGCAGAGUUUUAAAAAAUAUAAAAAGAAAAAUAGUAACAUAAGGAAUAAAAAUACAAGAAUGGAACUUUCUUUUUAAGAAUGAUGGAUGCCACUGUGUUCUUGGGGACCUUCAAUGCUGCAGAAAUGUUUUGGUACCCUUCCCCAGAUCUGUGCCUCGACACAAUCCUGUCUCAGAGCUCUAUGGACAAUUAUGUUUUCGACGUCAUGGCUUGGUUUUUGCAAUGACAUGCACUGUCAACUGUGGGACCUUAUAUAGACAGGUGUGUGCCUUUCCAAAUCAUGUCCAAUCAUUGAAUUUACCACAGGUGGACUCCAAUCAAGUUGUAGAAACAUCUCAAGGAUGAUCAAUGGAAACAGGAUGCACCUGAGUUCAAUUUCGAGUCUCAUAGCAAAUGGUCUGAAUACUUAUGUAAAUAAGGUAUUUCUGUUUUUAUUUUUAAUAAAUGUGCAGAAAUGUCUAAAAACCUGAAAUCGCUUUGUCAUUACGGAGUAUUGUGUGUAGAUUGCUGAGGAAUUUAUUUUAUUUAAUCCAUUUUAGAAUAAGGCUGUAAUGGAACAACAUGUGGAAAAAGUCAAGGGGUCUGAAUCCUUUCCGAAGGCACUGUACAAGGAGUACCACUACUACAGUGUGCAGGGGUACGAGGUAUUUGAGGUAGAUAUGUACAGUGAGGGAAAAAAGUAUUUGAUCCCCUGCUGAUUUUGUAUGUUUGCCCACUGACAAAGAAAUGAUCAGUCUAUAAUUUUAAUGGUAGGUUUAUUUGAACAGUGAGAGACAGAAUAACAACAAAAUAAUCCAGAAAAAACCAUGUCAAAAAUGUUAUAAAUUGAUUUGCAUUUUAAUGAGGGAAAUAAGUAUUUGACCCCUCUGCUAAACAUGACUUAGUACUUGGUGGCAAAACCCUUGUUGGCAAUCACAGAGGUCAGACGUUUCUUGUAGUUGGCCACCAGUCGUUCGUUCUAAAUGUUCCAUUGCCAUACUGGCUGGCAAUGUUCUUAUCCCUUGCUUGCUAGCUAGCCAACUACGUCUUACUUACAGUCACGUCAAAAAAUGCAGCCAGAAUAACAGCAAAGUAGCUGUUUUCUAGUUAGAUUUAUUUGGAUACAUCCAUAACAAUGAGCUAACAAUGGGCUAAAUGUACUCUCUUGUCAGGACACUGUUCAGAAAAAAGAAAGACAACCCAUGACAUUCAUUUGAGCUGAUUUUAAUAAAUGAAACCAUACAUUCUCUUUGUUAUCCACCACAGCUGAGAUAGCUAUAGUUACUUAUUGUAUGUCACAUUUAUCUGUAUAUUUCCCUGGAUGGUGCAUUGGUUGAAAUAUCUGUCGGAUUCUGUGCUACUACUUCUGCUGCCUUCCUUCAGCCUUUUGGGUGUUGAUGGUGCUGCAGUGUUCUUUUUUUUCUUCGGCCAGGAUGUUGCUCCAGCGUUUUCUGUCUGUCAGUGAGGGACGCCAGUAUCUAUGAAGCAAACCUUUGCACCGAUGCCCACUCACUGACAUAAUCUCCCUCUUCUAAACCAGCAUUGGCCAGUUUCUGGACUGUCGUGGUCCUGAUGCUGUGAUUUGUGUAUGUAGUUGUUCCCGCUGCCCUGCAGAUCUUGGGUAAAAGUGCUACCAGAUAGUUCACGCCCAUCAGCUCUGACGUGUACCAGAUCGAGUCCCUGAUACACUCUCCUCUCCUUGGGUUGAGAUCAAAUGCAAGGGCAUUCUCCGGACAUUUCGAUAGAUAUUUCUCCAGUGAUGCUACUGGGCAUAGUGGCUUCCCUAGCUGCUCGAACAUGAAUCCCCUCUUGGACUCCCUGUCCCUCUCCCUUGGGUCCAGAUUAUUCUUUGUGGCCUCGUUAUAUGCGAGAGUGGCGUAUCUGAGAGAGAGAAUGUGUUAUUAUAAUAUUGUUUUCCAGUAGACUAAUUACGAGUGCAAUUUAAAAAUAACACAAACAGGCUAUGAACAACAUACCUUAGACCGUUCUCGUCUGUUUUUACGAGGAAUGAGUUGGGCUUUAGUUGUCUGUUCCCCUCAAUUCUUCUUCGACCCAGAUGUAACUGGAGGUCGAACCACACUUUCUGGACCAGGAUUCAGAGCCUGGGAGUUUUGGAGCUGGGCCAUGUCCUUAUCAGUGAUGGGAGGGUGGCUGUUUGUGAUAGCUUUUCCUUUCCUUCUUAGCUGGUUGAUGUUGCCCAGAAAUACAUUAUUCGAGGUGGUAAAUUCAGUGUCCUUCAUAAGGCACCAGCUGCGACCGAUGGGUGGGUCAUUUAGAAACCGGUUGAGCCCACUCCGGAGUGCCAGGUAGCUACUUAUGCUACCCAUUCCCAUUUCAACAUUUCCAUAAAACUGUCUGAGAAGAAUGUUAAACUCUUCCUUAGUGACAGUUUUGAAGUCAACACCUUUUUUUCUUCUCUACUAGCCAGCCCUCGAAGCACCGCACAGCCCAGUUUGUAUUCUUAACUGUGUUUUCUACGUUGCGGCUUUUCUCUACGUCAUUCAAUGCAGUAUCCCCCAAAUCUGCAUGCCUGGGUAUUAUUGCUAUCUCUUUUUCCCAUUCAUCCAUAGUCAUGCCGGCGAAAAGAUCAAAAUAAAUGUUCCACUCAUCCAUUUUAGUUUUCGCAACAAAGUAUCGAUUUAGUCAGUCAACUGAAAAAAAGUUUUUAAUGUGGCUAUGACAACCAGCUCAAUUUCCUGUCUCUCGUUCGGAGACAUUCACUUUAUAUGGGACGGUGGCGAUCGCAAUUCAAUAUUGAAAAGGUCGUAGAGACAGACAGCAAGAUUUAUACAAAUCUCUGCUGUUGAAAAUAGUAAUCCUUCUACCCCCCCUUUACUACCACUGUCUUUUGUCUAAACUAACACCUGACUUACUUAACCUGCUAGCACUGACUUGUUUAAAGAAAUGUACUUAUUGUGAUCGAGAUGUAGUUGUCCCUGAUUGCACUGACUUUGCUCACAGCUGCUUGUUCGAAGAAGUGUACUUACUGUGAUCAAUAUGUGGUUGUCCCACUGGCUAUCCUAAGUUGAAUGCACCAAUUUGUAAGUCGCUCUGGAUAAGAGCGUCUGCUAAAUGACUUAAAUGUAAAUGUAGUCUUAAAGAAAUGGGAGAUAAUGUCUAGAUGAUUUUUAUAGCGGAGAUCAAGUUUAUACAUUUCCUGGCAGGGUUGAUGAGACAGUGGAUUGCACAGUGAGAUGGAACAGAGUAAAUAGGCAUUUCAACGUCAUAGAUUUAGCCGGUGGAACUUGUGAAAUAGACACCGGCUGGAAUACGGUUUUAACCAAUCAGCAUUCAGGAUUAGAUCCACCCGUUGUAUAAAGAUAAUAACAGUAAAAUAAAUAACAGAGUAGCAGCAACAAAUGAUCAGUGUAAAAGUGUGUGCUUGUGUGUUUGUGUUGUGUCAGUAUGCGUGUGUGUGUGUUUGUGCUGUCAGUAUGCGUGCGUGCUUAUGUAGUGUGUGUGAGAGUGUCAGUGUAGUGUGUGAGUGAGUGUGUGUAAAUACAGUGCAUUCGGAAAGUAUUCAGACCCCUUCCCUUUUUCCAUAUUUUGCUACAUUACAGCCUUAUUCUAAAAUCGAUUACAUAAAUGUUUUCAAUCUACACACAAUACCCCAUAAUGACAAAGUGAAAAUGUUUUUUAAUUUUUUGCCAAUAAAACAAAUAAAUAAAUACAAAUACCUUAUUAACAUAAAUAUUCAGCCUUUGAAUAUUUAUGUAAAUUCAAUUGAUUGGACAUGAUUUGGAAAGGCACACACCUGUCUAUAUAAGGUCCCACAGUUGACAGUGCAUGUCAUAGCAAAGACCAAGCCAUGAGGUCGAAGGAAUUGUCCGUAGAGCUCCGAGAUCUGGGGAAGGGUACCAAAAUAUUUAUACGGCAUUGAAGGUCCACAAGAACACAGUGGCUUCCAUCAUUCUUAAAUGGAAGAGGUUUAGAACCACCUACACUCUUCCUAGAGCUGGCUGCCUGGCCAAACUGAGCAAUCGGGGGAGAAGGGCCUUGGUCAGGGAGGUGACCAAGAACCCGAUGGUCACUCUGACAGAGCUCCAGAGUUCCUCUGUGGAGAUGGGAGAACCUUCCAGAAGGACAACCAUCUCUGCAGCACUCCACCAAUCAGGCCUUUAUGGUAGAGUGGCCAGACGGAAGCCACUCCUCAGUAAAAGGCACAUGACAGCCCGCUUGGAGUUUGCCAAAAGGCACCUAAAGGACUCUCAGACCAUGAGAAACCAGAUUCUCUGGUCUGAUGAAACCAAGAUUGAACUCUUUGGCCUGAAUGCCAAGCGUCACGUCUGGAGGAAACCUGGCACCAUCCCUACGGUGAAGCAUGGUGGUGGCAGCAUCAUGCUGUGGGGAUGUUUUUCAGCGGCAGGGACUGGGAGACUAGCCAAAUCAAAUCAAAUCAAAUUUUAUUUGUCACAUACACGUGUUUAGCAGAUGUUAUAGCGGGUGUAGCGACAUGCUUAUGCUUCUAGCUCCGAUAGUGCAGUAAUAUCUAACAAUUACACAACAUAUACCCAAUACACACAAAAAAGUAAGGAAUAGGAUUUAAGAGUAUAUACAUAUAUGGACAAGCAAUGACAGAGCGGCAUGGACUAGGAUACAGAAGAAUAUUAUAGAAUAGAAUGCAGUAUAUACAUAGGAGAUGAGUAGUGCAAGAUAUGUAAACAUUAUUAAAGUGACUAGUGUUCCAUUUCUUAAAGUGGCCAGUGAUUUCAAUAGGCAGCAGCAGCCUCUAAUGUGCUAGUGAUGGCUAUUUAACAGUCUGAUGGCCUUGAGAUAGAAGCUGUUUUUCAUUCUCUCGGUCCCAGCUUUGAUGCACCUUUACUGACCUCGCCUUCUGGAUGAUAGCGGGGUGAACAGGCAUUGGCUCGGGUGGUUGAUGUCCUUGAUGAUCUUUCUGGCCUUCCUGUGACAUCGGGUGUUGAAUGUGUCUUGGAGGGCGGGUAGUUUGCCCCCGGUAAUGCGUUCGGCAGACCGCACCACCCUCUGGAGAGCCCUGCGGUUGUGGGCGGUGCAGUUGCCAUACCAGGCGGUGAUACAGCCCGACAGGAUGCUCUCAAUUGUUUGUGAGGGUUUUAGGUGAUAAGCCAAAUUUCUUCAGCCUCCUGAGGUUGAAGAGGCUCUGUUGCGCCUUCUUCACCACACUGUCUGCAUGGGUGGACCAUUUCAGUUUGUCGGUGAUGUGUACGGAACGAGGGAAAGAUGAACGGACAACAUGUUAUGAGGCCUUGUUCACAUGGAUAGCUGGUAAAUGAGAACUGUGGUAAAGAUUCAAACAUUGUUAUGAAGGUUCUAACCCAGUGGCAUGGUAAUAAAUACAGGUAUGCUGGUGCUCCAAAGUGUUCCUGUAGGAAUGAGGUGCGUGUUAGGGUAAAUAGAUCCUAGACGUCUUCUAAUGAGAGGGAAGGAGACAGCAACACCCGAGGAUUAAUCUAAUACAAUGCCUUGCAAAAGUAUUCAUCCCCCUUGGCAUUUUUCUUAUUUUGUUGCAUUACAACCUGUAAUUUAAAUGGAUUUUUAUUUGGAUUUCAUGUAAUGGACAUACACAAAAUAGUCCAAAUUGGUGAAGUGAAAUGAAAAGAAUAACUUGUUUCAAAAAAUUCUAAAAAAUAAAUUACGGAAAAGUGGUGCGUGCAUAUGUAUUCACCCCCUUUGCUAUGAAGCCCCUAAAUAAGAUCUGGUGCAACCAAUUACCUUCAGAAGUCACAUAAUUAGUUAAAUGAAGUCCACCUGUGUGCAAUCUAAGUGUCGCAUGAUCUCUGAAAGGCCCCAGAGUCUGCAACACCACUAAGCAAGGGGCACCACCAAGCAAGCGGCACCAUGAAGACCAAUGAGCUCUCCAAACACUUCAGGGACAAAGUUGUGGAGAAGUACAGAUCAGGGUUGGGUUAUAAAAAAAUAUCCAAAACUUUGAACAUCCCACGGAGCACCAUUAAAUCCAUUAUAAAAAAAUUGAAAGAAUAUGGCACCACAAGAAACCUGCCAAGAGAGGGCCGCCCACCAAAACUCACAGACCAGGCAAGGAGGGCAUUAAUCAGAGAGGCAACAAAGAGACCAAAGAUAACCCUGAAGGAGCUGCAAAGCUCCACAGCGGAGAUUGGAGUAUCUGUCCAUAGGACCACUUUAAGCCAUACACUCCACAGAGCAGGCCCUUUACGGAAGAGUGGCCAGAAAAAAGCCAUUGCUUAAAGAACAAAAUAAGCAAACACGUUUGGUGUUCGCCAAAAGGCAUGUGGGAGACUCCACAAACAUAUGGAAGAAGGUACUCUGGUCAGAUGAGACUAAAAUUGAGCUUUUUGGCCAUCAAGGAAAACGCUAUGUCUGGCGCAAACCCAACACCUCUCAUCACCCCGAGAACACCAUCCCCACAGUGGAGCAUGGUGGUGGCAGCAUCAUGCUGUGGGGAUGUUUUUCAUCGGCAGGGACUGGGAAACUGGUCAGAAUUGAAGGAAUGAUGGAUGGCGCUAAAUACAGGGAAAUUCUUUAGGGAAACCUGUUUCAGUCUUCCAGAGAUUUGAGACUGGGACAGAGGUUCACCUUCCAGCAGGACAAUGACCCUAAGCAUACUGCUAAAGCAACACUUGAGUGGUUUAAGGGGAACCAUUUAAAUGUCUUGGAAUGGCCUAGUCAAAGCCCAGACCUCAAUCCAAUUGAGAAUCUGUGGUAUGACUUAAAGAUUGCUGUCCACCUGCGGAACCCAUCCAACUUGAAGGAGCUGGAGCAGUUUUGCCUUGAAGAAUGGUGGCUCUACAAAGUAUUGACUUUGGGGGGGUGAAUAGUUUUCUGUUAUUUUGUCUUAUUUCACCCCAAAAAAUAUGUUGCAUCUUCAAAGUGGUAGGCAUGUUGUGUAAAGCAGAUAGUCCGGGUAACCAUUAAUAAACUAUUUAGCAGUCUUAUGGCUUUGGGGUAGAAGCUGUCUCGGUGCCUGUUGGUACCAGAGCCGAUGCUGCAGUACCAUUUGCCAAACGGUAGCAGAGUGAACAGUCUAUGGCUUGUGUGGCUGGAGUCUUUGGCAAUUUUUUGGGACUUCCUCUAACACCGCCUGAUAUAGAGAUCUUGGAUGGCAGGGAGAUUGGCCCUAGUGAUGUACUGUCCGCAUCGCCCUCUGUAGCGCUUGGCAGUCAAGGGUGGUGCAUUUGCCAUACCAAGCGGUGAUGCAGCCAGUCAAGAUGCUCUCGAUGGUGCAGCUGUAUAACCUUUUGAGGAUCCAAGGGCGCAUGCCAAAUCUUUUCAGCCUCCUGAGGGGGAAGUGGCGGUGUCGUGCCCUCUCCACGACUGUGUGUCUGUGUGUGUGAAUCAUGUUACGUCCUUAUUGAUGUGGACUCCAAGGAACUUGAAGCUCUCGACCCGCUCCACUACAGCCCCGUCGAUGUGGAUGAGGAUGUGCUCUCCCCUCGUUGAGGGAGAGGUUGUUGUCAUGGCACCACACUGCCAAGUGUCUGACCUCCUCCCUGUAGGCUGUCUCAUCGCUGUCGGUGAUCGGGCCUACCGGCCUACCACGUCUUACUGUAAACCCUUUCAUCAAACCCAGUUUCAAUGCUCCAACUUGUUGGAGGCAGGGAGGGAGGUCGAAGAAUAGGGAGGAAUGGAGGUGGAAGGGUAGGGAGGAAGGGAGGUGGAAGGGUAGUGAGGGAGGCAGGUGGAAAGGAAAUGGAAGGGUAGGGAGUAGGCCUGGGUGGUAUACCAUAUAUACCGUAUACAGGGGUAUUUGGAAAUAACCACGGGAUGGUUUUUCAAUAGCGUCAAUACCAUUGAAACUAUUUAUUUGAAGUUUUUUUAUAGAUUUGAAUAUUUGUAGCUACUUUUUAGGUAAAUACCUGCAGUCAACUUGUGCAGUACGAGGUGGAAGGAUAGGGAGGGAGGUGGAAGGAUAGGGAGGGAGGGAGGGAGGGAGGGAGGUGGAAGGAUAGGGAGGGAGGGAGGUGGAAGGGAGGGAGGGAGGUGGAAGGAUAGGGAGGUGGAAGGAUAGGGAGGGAGGUGGAAGGAUAGGGAAGGGAGGGAGGUGGAAGGGUAGGGAGGGAGGUUGAAGGGAGGGAGGGAGGUGGAAGGGUAGAAAACACAAUGACUUCGGGGUAAAACAAAGGCUUCAUUACUAAGCAGUCUAUGCAAUACACCACACACACACACACCAUUAGACUUGCAGACAUAAAAACAUCUAACCUCAUUUACCCAGACUCCCAUUCAACACAGUUUGUAUUGUUAUCUGUCUCCAGCUCCAUCAUUCCCCGUCCAGGGUUUUCCCAAUGGGUAUCCGGGGUAUCCCAUGAGAGCUGAAUCCUCCCAGCCCUCUCUAACUGACGACCCCCAUGGCCACAGCCUCAUGGGCCUGGGUGACCAGGUAAGAUUGACCCCUUACCUCUCUAUUGUGGUUUUCACAUUAUAGUGACGAACCGAGCUGCACUGUAAUCGCUGGUGACUCCUCACCUCGCAAUGUGUGUAAUAUCCUCUCUGAGUUAAGGUUGAUAAUAGAUUCGUGAUAGACUGAGAUAUAUAUAUAGAGUAUAGAGAGAGCUAGCUCGAGGAUCUAUAUCUCUAGAUAGAUAUCUCUAGCUUCUCGCUGCUCUAUCGUAUCUCUAUAAGAGCUAUGAUAUCUGAUUCUAUUAUCGCUCGUAUCUCUCAUCUCUCUCUCUCUCUCUCUCUCUCUCUCUCUUCCCCCCUCUCCCUAUCUCUCUGCAGGCUCACACCUAUAUGAAUACUGUUACUGUGGAUGGGGAACUCUCCAGUCGACACUGUGUACACUCUCUACCUGAGGUGCGGCCCACCUCCUUCAACGAGUCAACCCGAGGAGCCAUGUCUGUCGGGGGUCAAGGAGGUGGGCAGGCCAGCAUGCACUGCUGCCCCCUGGAGGAACAACGCAAGGAACCCCAGGUAUUCCUGCAGCCCUCCUCUCAGGAGGUCAAAUUCAUGCUGGGUCCCACCCCUGCACAGCGCCACCUGCUAGAGAGGGAGAGGCACGGGGGCCACAAUCCCCAUCUCAUGCGGCCUGUAGAGGGCGCCACAGGCUCAGAGACGGAGGGGGACAAGCCUCCUCUGCACUUGUGCAACUCCCACUCCUACCACCACCCUCACUAUCACCAUGUGAUGCACCGGCAACCCGGCCACGAGCACCAGGAGGGCUGCCAGGUUAGCCAGCUCACCUACGAGAAUAUCAAUGGCCUGAGGGGGGGGCGCCGGCUGAGACUCAGUCCCAGCAGCGUGUCCCAGUCUGUGGGCUCCAGCAGCAGCAGCAGCACCACCGGAGACAGUCAUGCACAAUCACACCCACACCCCCUCCACCCGCACCCACACCCCCACGGCCCAUCCUCUCUACCCCCUCAGGGGUACCCCUGUGAGAGGGGCGCAGGGAUGGGCGGGGGUCACCGGCGGACAGCUCUGCUCAACUAUGAGAACCUGCCGUCGCUGCCGCCGGUGUGGGAGUACCAAGCCCUGCAGAGAGACGAGGAGCAGGACGAGGAUGACGAGGAACAGGAUGAGGAGGAGUACGAGGAAGAGGAGGAGGACUUUGAUGAGUACGAGUUUUCAGAGGGUCCCGGGACACCCAACGGGUACCACCAUGAUGGGCUGGGGGGGGGGGGGGAUCCACCGUGACGCCCUGCAGAACUAUGUCAACACAGAGCAGGUCCAGGUCCAGCCCAGCCGGCUGCGACAUGCCUGCCUCCCGCACCCCCAGGCCUGCCACCCCCAGUCGGACCGUGGUGGACGAAUAUUCAGUUUUGAUUUCCGUAGGCGGCCGGGAGGAGGGUUUGGUCGGGGAGAGGGCUGUGAGCACGGUCAUAUGACCCCGUCGAGGCAGCUCAAUUACAUCCAGGUGGACCUUGAUGCAGAGCCGCCGUGCCAGGCACUCGGUGGGGGUGGAGGGGGAGCCCAGUCUCAGCCCCAGCCACUACAGCCACAGCACCAGCGCCUGCCGCCCCUCAAAUGUGGCCCCCAGCAGGCCCCACGGCGCAGUGAGUUCUACGCUGUGAUCGACCUGAAGAAGACAGCAGCCAUGUCUAACUUGCAGAAAGCCCUCCCCCGGGACGAUGGGACAUCGCGAAAGACUCGCCACAACAGCACAGACCUGCCUCUUUAG